AUGCUCUUCUCGACUCUCAUCUCGCUGCCUGUGCUCGCAGCCACCGUCUCUGCGCUGGGCUCAAACUACACUGUCCCACCAGACUUCAAUCCCGGCUCCGUCUCUGCCGACGAGAAGGCUACCUGGUGUGAUGGUGAAGCCAACACCUGUAGCGACGUCUGUGGAUCGUACAAGAUCAACAGAUGCGACCCUAAAACCCUCGAGUACUCUUGCGAAUGCCAGAACGGCACCAUCCCCCAGAUGGACCUCUACAUCAACUCUCUGCCGUGGUUCAUCUGCCAGGCCACCUUCGGCCAGUGCAUCAAGGCCCACCCGGACGAUGCUGACGGCCAGCAGGGCUGCAAGGACGCCCAGGACAAGUGCGGUAAACUGAACGCUACUGCUUCCACCGGCGGCGACUCCCAGACCACCUCCUCCUCCGGCAGCGAGCCCACCGCCUCUUCCACCAGCGGGCCCUCCGCUACUCAUACCGGUGGCAGCUCUGCUCCUUCCCACACCGGUGCCGCGGCUGUCAUGAUGGCCAAGGACUACUCUCUCGGUGUCCUUGCAACCGUCGUCUUGGGUGUCUUUGGCCUCAUGCUGUAG